AGUGUGAGUUAGUGUAAGUCUAAGUGUGUUUGUGCGUGAGAGAGAGAGAGAGAGUGUGAGUUAGUGUAAGUCUAAGUGUGUGUGUGUGAAAGAGAGAGUGAGUGUGUGUGUGAGAGAGAGAGAUCAGUUAACUCCGUGACUAGCAAACACAACAGAUUAAGUGUGUGUGUGUGAGUGAGUGAGAGAGAAAGAGUGUGAGUUAGUGUAAGUCUAAGUGUGUGUGUGUGCGUGCGUGUGAAAGAGAGUGUGAGUGUGUGUGAGUGUGUGUGUGAGUGAGUGUGUGUGUGAGAGAGAGAGAUUAGUUUACCUCCGUGACUAUCAAACACAAGAGUAUGUGUGUGAGAGAGAGAGAGUUGGUGUAAGUCUAAGUGUGUGUGUGUGUGAGUGUGUGUGUGUGUGAGAGAGAGAGAGAGUGUGUGUGUGUGUGUGUGUGUGAGUGAGAGAUCAGUUUACCUCCGUGACUAGCAAACACAACAGAGUAAGUGUGUGUGUGUGUGUGUGUGUGUGAAGAGUCUGUUAUAAUCAGCAGCAUGCAACAUGUCCCGGAAGAAUGGACAGAGUCGGAGGAGAGGAAGAGAUCAGAUGAAGGACAGACAGAGCAGAAGGAGGAGUGUGAGACACUGAUGAUGGAGCUGACUCAACUUGUCCACAUGACUGUGAGGGACAGCAGCUGGUGGGACAGGAGAGGACUGGACUGCACCAUCCUGGCUUCAGCUUUCAUCAGCCUGCCCAUAGCGUUCCUGCUCUUGUCCUCGCCUCAGGUGUGUUUCUUCAUGUUGGGUUUGGUCGUGAUGGGCGUGGCUCAUGCUGUGAUCACAGUGAAGGGAACUCACCUGGCCAGUCAUGGUGUUCUGACUGAGUCCACCACCUGGACACAGUUCUGGAACAUCUUCUUCAUUGAGGUGUGUGGAACAUUCACGGCGAAAAUGGCCGUGAAAGCACACGUUAAGACGCAUCACGCUCACACAAAUGUGAUCGGACUCGGGGAUUCGAGCACGUGGAGGAUUCCGUUCCUGCCCCGAAGUGUUUACCUGUUCAUCGCUCCGCUCGCGGUCCCCGUCAUCACGCCUGUAGUUGCCAUGGGGCUGCUAAAAGGCCAGCCUCUGUCCUCAGCAGUGCAUACAGUGGUGUGUAUGUGUGUAGGUGUGUGUUCACAGUAUGUGCUACUGCGGUGUGUAUCAGGGUUGGAGUGUAGCUCGGCGCUGCUCGUGAUGCUGCUGAGCAGAGCCAUGUUCUCCAUUCCUUACAUCCACGUCAACAUCUUCCAACACAUUGGGUUGCCGAUGUUUUCUCAGAGUCGUCGACCCAAGCGCAUAUACCAGAUGAGCCACGGAGUGUUAAACCUGUCGAGGAACCCACUGUUGGACUGGACCUUCGGCCACUCGCUCAUUAACUGCCACGUGGAGCAUCACCUGUUCCCCUCACUGUCUGACAACAUGUGCCUGAAGGUGAAGCCAAUCGUGUCACAGUUCCUGAAGGCGAAGGCGUUACCGUAUCAGGAGGACGACUAUCUCUCUCGUCUUCGUCUCUUCUUCCACAGUUACCAGGAGCUGAUGGUGUUUGCUCCUCCGAUCACUGAGCUGGUGGGGGUUCAGUGACGGAGAACCACAAGAACUGUCACAGAUUCUCCAACCAGGACUGUUUAUUUCAUAUCCAACUAGUGUACAGGUUCUACAAUGAUGCUAACACACACACACACACACACACUGCAGUUUCCAUCAUGAACACACCACCUGAUGGACCUUCUGGUGUUGCCUAAAGAGCUACCACAGACCAAUAUGAAUAUUUAGGGCCCUAGAUAGGAAACAUAGUGUAUAUUAGUGAAGCCCUGUACUGUAGGGUUGGCACAUUGCUCAAAAGUUUGUGCCCCCACUGCUGCCCCUCCCCAAUGUAGUAGAUUUGGUCUUUUACUAAAGCUCUUUGAAUAGAAACUAAUGAACAUUUUAGCUGCUUUACAAUUAGUUUUGCAAAUUUUAUGGAUUUUUGAAUGAAGUUUAUGGAUAAUAACAGCUUUUUAAAAAAAUGUUUAUGAUAAUUAGUCAUGAUAAAGUAAUACAAGAAAUCCUAAUGAUUGGCUCCAGGACGUUUCUUGGACCAGUCACCUUUAUUAUUUCUUAUUUAACCGAGAUGAAGUAUUUUAUUACUCAAGACACAGAAACACAAAGUAAACAUUGGGGUUACUGCCACACAGCCACCAGAGAGCGCUAGUGUGUUGGUGUAAUGUUCUCUCUGGUUCUAAUCAAUACAUCGAGUGAAGCAAAAACAUCCUGUAAACAAGCACACACAUCUCUCAACCAGCAAAAAUCAGAAAGUUGUACUAAACACUAAGAGCUAUACACUAACAGUGCUGACUUUAUUUUUCAGUCAGUUAAACACUGUUUAUGACCUUAAAUAAACAUGAAGUUAACAGUAAA